UUUGGACACCCAGAAGUAUACAUUCUAAUUCUUCCAGGAUUUGGAAUAAUCUCUCACAUUAUUAGACAGGAAAGAGGAAAAAAGGAAGCAUUUGGAACACUAGGAAUAAUCUAUGCAAUAAUAGCAAUUGGUCUUCUAGGCUUUGUUGUAUGAGCCCAUCACAUAUUUACCGUAGGUAUAGACGUUGACACCCGGGCCUAUUUCACCUCAGCCACAAUAAUCAUUGCUGUUCCAACUGGAAUUAAAAUUUUUAGAUGACGCACUCUUCACGGAACCCAAAUCAAUUACAGCCCUUCCAUAAUAUGAGCACUAGGAUUCGUAUUUCUAUUUACAGUAGGAGGCCUAACAGGAGUAAUUUUAGCAAAUUCAUCAAUUGAUAUUAUACUUCAUGACACUUAUUAUGUAGUAGCACACUUCCACUACGUUCUUUCUAUAGGAGCCGUAUUUGCUAUUAUAGCAGGAUUAGUUCAUUGAUUUUCUUUAUUUACUGGUUCCACACUAAAUCCAAAAUUAUGCAAGGCACAAUUUCUAACCAUGUUCAUUGGGGUAAACCUAACAUUCUUUCCUCAGCAUUUCUUAGGCCUGAGAGGAAUACCACGACGAUACUCAGACUACCCAGACGCAUACACUUUAUGAAACAUCAUCUCGUCAAUUGGAUCAAUCAUUUCAUUAAUUGGCGUCAUAUUUUUCAUUUUUAUCCUCUGAGAAGGAUUCACCUCCUCACGGAAAACCAUUAUCCCCCUUAACAUAACAUCCUCAAUUGAAUGGCUACAAAGACUACCUCCUGCCGAACAUUCUUACUCUGAAUUACCAAUACUUUCAUCUAAGUAAAUCUAUUAUGGCAGAUUAGUGCAAUGGAUUUAAACCCCAUUUAUAAAGUAAAUUACUUUUUUUAGAAAUAGCAACCUGAAAAUUAUUAAUACUCCAGGACAGAGCCUCUCCACUAAUAGAGCAACUUUCAUUCUUUCACGAUCACACUUUACUAAUUCUAGUAAUCAUUACUAUUUUAGUA